UUCGCGCCAUCUGUUAGUAAGUCAUUUUUAUAAAAUAUGUAUAAAUGACACUUAGUAAAUGUUAUUUAACUAAUAUAAAUUUUUUAAUUAUGAUAUUUUUAUUAAUUUAUAGUACAGAUUCAAAUUACAAUUAAUAAAAAAUUAUUAUUAAUAAAAAAAAUUUGUAAUAAAAAUUAUUUUUUGAACAAAACUUAUGAAUGCUUUUUUAUAUUUAAAUAAUUUUAAAUUAUAUAUGUUUUUUUAAUGCCAAUAAUUUCUAUUAUUUUUUAUUUAUAAUUUUAUUCUAUAAAACAGUAAUAAUUCAAAAUUAAUCAAUUAUCAAUAUUAAGAUAUUUAUAAAUUUCUAAACUAUGUUAUAAAAAUUAUUAUUAAAUCUAUCUGAUAUUUUAUCUAUGGUUAAAAUAAAACAUGUAAAUAAUUAUUAUAAUAUAUUAUAUUUAACAAUUAUGUAAAUAUCUUUAUGUCAUUUGUUUUUCAUUUAAGUUAUAGAUAAUUUGUCACAAAAAAAGAGUAAUUAAAAAAUUGUAGAUAACUUAAUUGAUAGUUAAUGAAAACAACAAUGUCUACUUCUCGUGUUGAUGAACUGAUAAAUUAUUUUAAAUCACAUAAUAAAAUUAGAGAACAACAAAGUCAUUCUGCGAAAGUACAUAGUGUAGGAUGGAGUUGUGAUGGAAAACUUUUGGCUUCAGGAUCUUUUGAUAAAUCUGUUUGCAUCUUUUCUCUUUGUCCAGAUCGUUUAAAACAAGAAACAACUUUCAGAGGACAUGGUGGUAGUGUAGAUCAACUAUGCUGGCAUGCUUUUUAUCCAGAGUUAUUGUCUACUGCAAGUGGAGAUAAGACAGUUCGUAUAUGGGAUACAAGAACUCAAAAAUGCACAGCAAAUAUCAGUACAAGAGGUGAAAAUAUCAAUAUAUCAUGGUCACCUGAUGGUAAUACAAUAGCUGUAGGAAACAAAGAAGAUUUGGUGACUUUUAUUGAUGCACGAGUAAUGAAAAUUCGUGCAGAAGAACAAUUCAAUUUUGAAGUGAAUGAAAUUUCAUGGAAUAAAGAUUCUGAUACAUUUUAUUUAACUAAUGGUCAAGGCUGUGUACAUAUUUUAAGUUAUCCAGAUUUAGAAUUAUUACAUGUAAUUAAAGCACAUCCAGGAACAUGUAUUUGUAUAGAAUUUGAUCCUACUGGAAGAUAUUUUGCAACUGGUUCAGCAGAUGCAUUAGUUUCUUUAUGGGAUGCAGAUGAAUUGUGUUGUUUAAGAACAUUUUCAAGACUAGAAUGGCCAGUGAGAACUAUAUCAUUUUCUUAUAAUGGACAAUUAUUAGCUGCAGCAUCUGAAGAUCUUGUAAUAGAUAUAGGUGAAGUUGAAACUGGAGAAAAGAUUACAGAUAUACCAGUAGAAGCAGCAACUUUUACAGUUGCAUGGCAUCCAAAACAAUAUUUGUUAGCAUAUGCAUGUGAUGAUAAAGAUACUUAUGAUCGAAAACGUGAUGCUGGUAGUCUAAAAGUAUUUGGAUUUGCUAAUGAUUAAAAUAUUUUUAGACUUUUAUAUCAAAAUAUAUUAUUACGAAAAACAAAAAAAAUUCAUUUGUACCUGUAUUCUCUUUUAAAUAUAUUAAAAUAUUAUUAUAAUUAUAUAUUUUGUAAAACAAUACAUAUAAAAAUAAGUAAAAUUUUUUAAUAAAAAAAUCAAGGAAAUCUUAUAUAUAGCAUUUAAAUUAUAAAAUUUAUAAAAAAUUAUAAAAUGAAUGUUGAAAAUUAUAUGAUUCCGCAUUUAAUAUUAUUAAUUAAACAUUUUGAUUGAAAUUGAUUAUUUACAAUAAUAAAAGAAAUGUAGAUGUAAAAUUAUAAUAAAAAAAAGAUAUCUUAAUCGUAUCUUAAUUUAUAAAUAUAUAUAUCAUAACAAUAUGAAAUUAUAUUUGAUAACAUUUAACUAGAGAGGAUUAUUUUGUUUUGUUAUUUGGUUACCAUGGUUAUUGAAACAUAUUACACUUAUUUCUUAACCUGAAAAUAUUCUCGGAUUAAUUUUGUACUAUUAAUGGUUUCAUCUUUUUUUACAAAAUAUUUUAUUGACAUUUAUUCUCAUGUCAUGUUUAAAAGAUACUCAGCCUGAUUGUAGGUGUCAAUAUACAUUAACAUUGACAGAUGAAAUAGUUCAUGAACAGUUUUCUGAAAUGAAAGACAGUUUCAAUCAUGUGCCCAGUAUACAUGAGGUGGAUGAAGAAGAAACGGAUGAAGAAAAUGCUUGUGAUUUAGAAUUAAAAACUCCAAAAGAUAUUGAACUAGCUGCAGAUCAAUUAAAAGAUACUGCAGAUACUAUAGAUGAAGAUUCUAUUUAUAGUAAUGAUUCAUUUUGUUCUGAUGAAUCUUGUGAUGAAUCUGAAGAAACUAAUGGUACAUUAAGAUCACUUAAUGAUUCUCAUUUUUCUCCUCAUCCUCAAAUCAGUACGCGCAAAUUUAGUCACGAGGAAAUUAAAAACGAACAGGAAAAAUCUGAAAAUAUAACGCAAAAUGAAAUUAUAAAUUCUAUUGGUAGAAGUUCAAUAUCUGAAGAUAAUUCCAUAGGAAUCAAACAAGUAAAAAAUAGAAGAAAAAAUAUGAGUUUUACAGAUGAAGAAAUACGAAAAAUCGAAUGGGAGAAUCAAAUUCUGUUAAGAAAGAUAAUGGCACAACAGAAACCAAAAGAAAAAGUAUUUUAUGAAAAUAUCCCACCAUCACGAAUAAGUAGCUCUGCAAUAAAUAGAAAGAAAUUACAAAAGAAAAUAGAAAAUGAAAAUAUAGUAUGUAUAAAUAUUUAAAUUGAAAUAAAGCAUAAAUUUUUAUAAAUAAUUUGACUACAGGCUUAUUAUAAAUGAAUGAUAUUCAAUAUUUACAUUUACAGUUAUUGCUCCAAAGGAUACAACAAACUAAAUCACGAGUUAUGAAUAAUAUGACAAAACCUGGUUGUAGACAAACGAUCUUAUAAUCUGUAACACAUAAUUAUAAUUUUAUGCAUUUUAUAUUGAUAGAAAGUUUAUAAUAAAUUAUGUUAUAUAUUAAAUAUCUGUAAUGCAAAUAUCAUAAUUGUGAUUUUUUUAACACACGAUAUAAAAUUGCAAGUAGUCAUUGUUUGUUAUUGUAAAAAAAAUAUAUAAAAUUUCAUAAAUGUAUAUUACACUAUUUUUAUAAUAAAAUUAAUUUUAUUAAA